UUAGCCUCUUUACACGACUUCUUUUGGGGGCGGAGGGGCGGGUGGGAGUGUCUUAAGGCUGUGCUUCUACUCCAACCGUCUGACUUCAAAUAAUACCAACAGCGCUUGAAUCUUAAGCCCCAAGAGUGGUUCCGCUCUGGGCCGAGCCUUUGGGGGUGUCACACCACAGCAUCCUCGCAAAGACCCUGGAGAGUAACUUCCCACUUAACAGACCACGGCUCCAGGCCGGUGAAUCCCUCCUUACUCCAGAGGAACAGGCACUCCACCUCUCCAGGAACUGAUUACAUUUGGUGACCCGUUUCUGUCCAGUGCCCCUGAAGGCUCAGCUGCAGGGGACAGCAGGAAGUUAUGAAUGACCGAAGCAACCGUAGGCGGACAAAGCCCCCAGAGGCCGCCUCCCCAACCCUGGCCCUGAUGAACAGCGUCAAGGCCCAGCUGCACAUGGCCCUGGAGAGGAACUCAUGGCUGCAGAAGCGCAUUGAGGACCUGGAAGAGGAGAGGGACUUUUUGCGGUGUCAGCUGGACAAGUUCAUUUCCUCAGCCCGGAUGGAUGCAGAGGAUCACUGCCGGAUGAAGCCUGGGCCACGGAGGGUUGAUGGGGAUAGCCGGGCUGGGCUUGGGGGAGAAGCCUCAGACCCCGAGUCUGCAGCCUCCUCCCUCAGCGGGGCAUCCGAAGAGGGCAGUGCCAGUGACAGGAGGCAGAAGCAGAAGGCAAGCGCUGGCCGGAGGCGAUUCGGGAAGCCCAAGGCUCGAGAGAGACAGCGGGUGAAGGACGCUGAUGGGGUCCUCUGCCGCUACAAGAAGAUCCUGGGCACCUUCCAGAAGCUGAAGAGCAUGUCUCGAGCCUUUGAGCACCACCGUGUGGACAGGAACACGGUUGCGCUGACCACGCCCAUCGCGGAGCUGCUCAUCGUGGCUCCGGAAAAGCUGGCCGAGGUGGGAGAGUUCGACCCGUCCAAAGAGCGCCUGCUGGAGUAUUCCCGACGCUGCUUCCUGGCGCUAGACGACGAGACUCUCAAGAAGGUGCAGGCUCUCAAAAAGAGCAAGCUGCUCCUGCCCAUCACCUACCGCUUCAAGCGGUGAUGCUGCCGCCCCGCACGCCUGCCUCCCUGCCUCUCCCCGCCCCGCAGACCGCUCGCUAGGCCGGGCUCCCCGGGGCACCGCCGGGGCCAGAAGCUUCCCUUCCUGAGCACUGGGCCCUGCCCCUCGGUCGCCCACGCUGGGCACGCCAUCUCCAUUGCACUCAGCAAGGGCGGCCCGCUCCGUCUCCCUAGCCAGGAGUAGCCCAUCUGCAAUCUUUCACGAAGACAGAGCAUUAUUCAGAGAAUUUAAAUUAAAGAGACACGAACAUUUUCAAUAAA